AUGACAGAUAGAAGAGAACUUGUAUAUACCCGUACCUUUAAUCAAAGUUUCUCCUACUUUCACACUGUUAUCCCUUUCGAUAUUGGUGAAUACCGCGCCUCCCUGGCUUGUGAUAUUCUUCUCAUCGCUGUUUCCUCGCUAUAUCGGGAAAUCAGCUUAAUCAUGAUUCACGCCAUGAUGAAUGGCAACCCUGAGGAGGGAAGCCUAUAUACCCCCUCAAGUCCAUUCCCGUCACCAACAGCAGCAGGCGCCUCAGCAGGCUUGCGAGGUCAGGUCAAAACUGCCGUUUGGCGGGAUGGCUACGGGCGAGCCUGUUCAACCGGCUUAGCGUACACCAGGUUCGAGGUUCGAGUCCCAGCUUGA